AUAAAUUUACAGAAACUAAAAGUGAAAAGUGUAAUAUAAUUAGUCAGUUAUGAUGUCCCUAAAUUACCAUUUUUCCAUUUACAAUUAGAUGAAGCUGUCAUUCUUUAUAUACGUAGAGCUUCCAGGCUUUUAUUGGGUUAAUGAUGCACGUUGGCUAUUAGGCUUUAAUUGUAUCAUUAAAUUUUGUGCAUCAGUGUAUUGGUCCUGUGGUGCUAUAAAAGAGAUGCAACGUACUUCGGUGGAGUAGAUUGAGUGAGGGAACGCAGAACACAUUUAGCAUUUCGGUGGAGUGAGUUUCGGGCAUGAGGGGGCUAAUGACGAUCAGCGUGAUGUGCCUGCUACUGCUGCUGCUUGUGGAGGUAGAUGGUGCUGACCUCAUGGAAGAGAGAACAACACUUCAGGAGUUGACCAAAAACAGGAAGUCUCUGAUACUGAAGCUGCUGGCUGGUUUGUUGGAUGUCGAUGAUCACCUUGGUGAGAGUGGCUACACGUAUUCAAACACAGAAGAGGCAGGAGAGCGGUCACUCGAGGAGAGAGCGGUGGUUGCGGGGAUCCCUCGGAGAGAACAGAAAGCUCCCUGUAAACUGUUCUUCUGGAAAACGUUCUCGCACUGUUAAAUGCGGGCUGUUGGCUCUUUCUAAGCUGAUGUAACAAAAUAAAUAUUAGCUAGUUUCUUCUUGUUAUGUCAAGCAUGUACAUUAAAACUGUCAUCGUUUGUGUAUAUUCCAACCAUUUACAAUGAAGUGUUUGUGAUGCAUUAAACUUGAUCCUCUGCAUUUUGCCAGCCUUUUAAAGUAUAUACAUUUAUUACAUCAGGACGUGUUGAAAUCCUGAUUGAAUAAUCUGUCUUUUAAAGGGUAUUUUUUUUAAUGUUGAUUUUGUUUACUUUCCUGAUUAUUUAUAGUGGAAUAUCUUGUAGAGAAAUAGGGAACUGUAGAUGUCGGUUUACAAUGAAUGACCCAAAAUGCUGGAGUAACUCAGAGGGUCGGGCAGCAUCUCGGGAGAAUGUGGAUUAGGUGAUGUUUUGGGUCGGGACCCUUAGAUGCUGACCCGAAAUGUCACAUAUCCAUGUUCUGCCUGACCCGCUGAGAUACUCCAGCAUUUUGUGUCCACCUUUAUCUUGCUGCCAUGUUGGCCAUGAAUCAUGAUGAGAUUCAUCCCUUCUUGUGGGGAGGUCCGUGACUUGUUACCCUCCAUCUCUUGUAAUGUUUCUGAGAUCCAUUUGCGAGGUAUUGCAGUCAUAAACUCAUCACAACCCCCCUCCUUGAUACAAGAAGACAAUCCUUAAAUCAGCGGUAGAAUUUGUGUAAAACAGAUAACCCAACAGUUUGACUUGGUUAUGAUGUUGCAGAUUGUGAUUAUGUUAAUACAACGAUGCUUUGGACAUUCUUCAUGUUUAUUUAUCUUGAGAUAUCUUAUGAAUAACAUUGAAAAAUAAAAGCUAUCAUAUACAACAGCGUAUUAAGUACUUCUGUUCUUUUUUUAACUAGAAAACACAUUUUCCUUUUCAUAAGUUGUAGGAACAGAAUUAGGCCAUUCGGCCAAUCAGGUCUACUCUGCCAGUCAAUCACGGCUGGUCUAUCCCUCUGAACCCCAUUCUCUUGCCUUCUCCCCAUAACGCCUGACACCCGUACUAAUCAAGAAUCUAUCAAUCUCCAUCUUUAAACCACAACCAGAGAGCGGUGCUGAACUACUAUCUACCCCUUUGGUGACCCUCAAACUAUCCUUGAUCGGCCUUUGAUGGCUUUUCCUUGCACUAAACAUUAUUCCCUUAUCAUGUAUCUAUCUAUACACUGUAAAUGGAUCGAUUGUGACCAUGUACUGCCUUCUGCUGACUGGUUAGCACGCAACAAAAGCUUAUUACUGUUCCCCGGUACACUGACAAUAAACGGAACUAAGAAUAUCCAUUGACUGUGGCAAUGAAUUCCACAGAUUCACCACCCUCUGACUGAAGAAAUUCCUCCUCAUCUCCUUUCUAUGUCCUCUGUUGACAC